AUGGAUCGACCAUCCUUCUUUCUCUGCUUCUUCGCCAUCACUGGUGUCUUCCUAUGUGGUCAUCAAGCUAAAGCCUUUGAUGAAGCAAUCUGCAGUGCUGCCCAAGUCACAGCCACAACUGCAUCAACAUGCGCGGAAUGGCAAGCUGUCAAUACCGAGCUCACUUCUGGUGACUGUUGCGGACCAUCUUUGGAAGUAAAUGGCACUAGCUGCAACUCUUUGUGUACCGAUGCCGUUAUGGGAAUUAAUGGCAAUUGUGAUAUUGGGCAGCAGUUCGGUAGCUUCCUCCCCAAGUAUGAAGGUUGUCUAAUUUUGAGUGUGGAAGAGGCAAUGAAGAAGGCUCUAGCCUGCGAGGAGUGGGGCUCUAUCAUUCAAGGAGACGCUCGGGCAUUCUGCAUUCCGAAGCUGGGAUUGUUCAGCGAAACCGAUGAAAACUGUACAGACACUUGUAUUGACAUCAUUGCGAAGGUCCCAGACUAUUGUGUGGCCGAAGCCAUUGAUUUCUUUCAAGAAACCCCCAUCCGUGAUUUUCAUGUAAAUUGUACAGAAAAAGUUGUUGAGCGUGUUUCUAACAAAGCGGAUACAUGUAUACAGUGGAAAGGAUUGCUGGAACUCUCAAUCAAGUCAGGUGUCGGAUGUGGAGACCUCGAGUGUACCGCCGAUUGCGAAACCCUUAUCACUAGCGUCGAAUCUAAUUGCCCCGGAUACGUUGCUCGGAAUGAAUGGCAAACUAUUGCCUGUGCUGGAGGAUCAUCUACCCCUACAAGUGCUGCGUAUAUGGUGCAACCAACGACCUCGAUCUUGAUCCUACUUGGUUCCCUGCUGGUUUUCGGAGUUGGAAUGGCCAUUCACCUCUAA